CGCGCUCCUCCUACCCUCUAAGUGUAUUGUUCGCGUGUGUGCGUGCGUGCGUGCGUGUGUGUAUACGUGUGUCUGUUACGCGUGUGCAAACGAGCCUCUCCUCUCGUCCGUGUGACCUGCGGUUUCUCUGGCGUUUUCCUACCCUUAGUAGCGCGAGCACAGUGCAUCCAUCCAUCCAUCCGCCAGUCCGUGGGCCGUCACUCGUCUCGCCGCGAAGCGUAGUACCGCGGGACACGAGGGUGCUUGCGCGACCGCUCUCUUUCUAACGCGAGCGCGCGUUGUCAGCGCGCGCCGACGCUCUAACUACACGCGCGCGAGUCGAAAUUCCGACGCGACGCGAGCACACCGAGUCGUCCUCGUCCGCGGCACGAACCCCGACGCGACUUUCUUAUAAACUGCGAACUCUCCGUCCGUGCACGUACGUUAUCGUUUCUUCAUUCUUCCCCUCGACGUCGAGGGUGCAGUCUCGGAACAGAAAGCACGAUGCCGCGAUGACAGACGGAUUGUCGAUUUGUGACGAGUGCGAUCGGCGAUCAGUGCAAGUAACUCGAGAAAAGUGAUGGCACGAUAGAGGAAGAGGCAGUCUCGGUAUUACUCGACGCUUUACACUUACGCGGGUGGACGGUAAAGAGAACGGAAAGCGAAAAGGAGAGAAGUCACGCUCCAGUGUCAGACUGCGCGGAGCGAACAUGUAGUGGUGAGGGAGAAAAAGGAGAAAAGAGAGAGAGGGAGGAAGAGAGAGGUAAAGAGAGAAAGAGGGGAGGUGUAGAGGUAGGUGGCGGCGGACGACGUAGAAGGAGAGGGCGACUCCACGAAGGGUGGGCCAUCCAAGUGUCUUGUCUCCUAUCAUCCUGUCGUCCAGGGUAUCGCUUACGAAUGUCGCGCGAUCGAGCGAUCCGUUUGCGAUCCACGACGACGACGACGACGACGACGCGCGAGGACGACGUCCUGACGACGGCCGCGCAUCGACUACCGACCAGCCGCGCGGCAACCAAUCUCUUCAUUUGAGUCAACGUGACGGCAAAACGCUUCACGUACCUGUGUGUGUGUGUGUGUGUGUGUGUGUGUACGCGCGCGCGCGUGUGUGUGUGUGUGUGUGCGUCGUCCUCGUGAUACGCGAUCGUCCGAGGUCGCGGACAGUCGCCGGGUCGCGUCGCGCGAGACGAUGACGAUGACGCCGGGCACCGCUUAGCCGACGUCGAACAGCCCCGAAUAUAGAACCAAGAGUACCGAAACGUCGUCGACGAGAACGACGCGCGGCUACGAAAGCACCGGGGAACGAAAGCUUCCCUACCUCCAAGUCGUUCCAAGAGCCGUCGUAACGGGCUAGCUGGGCUAGCCGCGGAAGAAGUGCCGCAACAACGAGUCUCCCCGGCUGUUUGCAAAAGGCCGUUUGAAAGAAUGUCCGGCGAGACGGAAAUCGAGGUGUCGGUCGUGUCGGAGGAGGAUCUGGAACUGGAGGGAUCCAGGAGCAGUUCCACCCCGGCGGAACUGCUGCUGCAGGAGAAGAACGGCAAGUCCGGCUGCGGCCUAAGCAAUCAUCAUCACUCCUUCAGCUUCGACACGGUGAGCAAGCCGGCGCUCAGGCCUGCCUGCAAUCCGCAGUACACGUCCUUCAGUAUCUCCAGCAUCCUCGGCAGACCGGAAUCGCCGCCUGUCGACUCGACGACUUCCACGGGAUCUGGCGAGAGGCAAUCGUCGGACGUCGACAGAACGUCGCCGCCGUCGCUACCCCCGGCAAACUCGCAGAACUCGCAGAGGAUCCCGCCGUCGGGCGCCAGUCCCAGCGGCAGAAUCUCGUCCUCCCCCACGUCCCUGAGACUGUCCGGCGGUCAACGUGGCGGACUGUCCACUACCGGUCACCCCGGGCUGGAGCCCAGAGCGAAUUCCACGGGUAUCGGUAUCGGAUGUGCUACCAGUGCUACCAGUCCAGCUGCGACCUUCUCGCCGCCCGGCGAUGCCUCUGCCAAUCCACUACUAGGACACCAGGCCUCGGCGGAUCUCGCGAUGCUGUCAAGAUUGAUAGCGAGUCGAUACCCAGUCGGCAUCGGCGGUUUGUUCUACCCCUCGACGCUGCAGCAUCUCCAUCAGCAGCAACAGCAACAGCAUCAGCAUCAUUCGCGGCUAGCCGCCGCAGCCUCGUCCGCCCUCAGCAACGCUGUACAGGUCGCCGGCCAAUCGCCGGACAUCGUCGACGCCGAUGGCAUCCGCGGCGUUCUACUCGGCGGCGCCGGCUGGCCGUUUCCAUGGAGGCCGGCGCACGGCCUGCAGACACUCGAGCAUCCCUCACCAAGCGAUGUGGUCGGCACCCUCAGCCGCGUCAGUCCCGCGUCCGCUUCUUUCCCGCAGCGAGACGAGCUAGACGACGACAACGACCGCGAUGAUCGUCUGCAUCGCGCGAGGAGUCCGUCAAGCGGUGACGAGGUGCACGACGACCUCGGCGAUGCUGACGACUGUGGGGAUGCCGAUGGAGAAGGCGAGUCCACGUCGACGAGUCUUCACGGUACUUCGGUAGGCGGUGGUGGCGGGGGUGGUGGCGGUGGUGGCGGCGGCGGUGGUAGCGGUGGUGGCAACGGUAACAGCAACGGUGGCCAAAACAACGUGCAAGUCGGGGUGGACGGUCGCGAGUCGAACAGCAUAAAGCGCAAGAAAAAGACUAGAACGGUCUUCUCCAGGUCGCAAGUGUUCCAGCUGGAGAGCACGUUCGACAUGAAGCGUUACCUCUCGUCGUCGGAGCGCGCAGGGUUGGCCGCCUCGCUCAGGCUGACGGAGACUCAGGUGAAGAUCUGGUUCCAGAACCGGCGAAACAAGUGGAAACGGCAAUUGGCCGCCGAGCUGGAGGCGGCAAACAUGGCGCACGCCACUCAGAGGCUGGUCAGGGUGCCGAUCCUGUACCACGAGGCGUCAGCCAGCACCGGCACUUCCGCCGGCGUGCCCGUGUCGGUGACGGGAGCACCGGGAGCGCCGGUGCCGCAGGUUCCGUCUUCGGUAGGCGCGACCUCCGCCCUCUCGCACUCGGUCGGCGUCGGCGUGGGCGUCGGCGUCGGCGUCGGCGUCGGCGUCGGCGUCGGUGUCGGCACCUCGUGCGCGCCCACCACGGCGCAGCCCAUCUUUUACUCCCAUCACCAUCAACAUCACCAUCACCACCCGGCGGCAGCCCACGUGCAGGCGCACACUCUCCUAUCCCACCAGGUGCACCCGCAACCGCCGCCCCCACCCCCGCCGCCGCCAAACGGCCAACCACCGCGGACGUCCUCGCAAUAACACCGUCCGACGACUUACGAGGGUAGCGUGCGGUUGCUGCGAGAGACGACCACCAUGAAUAACAAGAUCAUCUCCGUGAACGACGGCGCAACGGCGACGACUUCUUGUCGCCUGGACCGUGCUGCUGUCUGGCUGAUCGACGUCGAUGAGUGAACGCACGCACGAUUAUCGACAAGAACACAGACCUCUCCCGCGACAUCCCCUGAUCGUCCCGUCAUAUCACGAAUCCGGUGGCACGACUGUCCCCUCGCCGCGCCGGUAAUUCGAGAGCAUUGGAGUUCGAAAAUGCUUUUCUAACGCGGACCGCGUUAGACGCGGUGGAUAAAUGUGAGUAUACGCGAGAAAUGUAGAGUUUUGAUUCGCUUUCUACGCUUCUAUGUCUCCAUUACGUAAGGGAAGUUGUUUUAUACGAUUCAAAUUGUAUUUUAUUUUCAUAUAGGUGACACGUCCUAGCAAUAAUCGUUUUAUUGAACAGAAAAACUCGUGGUUAUAUAUUUAUAAUGGAGAAGCUAAUAUAUAAAACACAUUUUUAGUGUAUAUAUACUCAUAAAUAAAAGAAUAUGUAAAAAUAUUUUAUUUAUAUAAAUUUCAAUAGUAUAACAUGACAGCAAUAAAUAAAAUUAUGUUCUCUCAUAAGUUUCAACUGACUUGAAACUCUACGUUUUCUGAACGGCGGCUUAUACUCAUGUCUAUUCACACACAUCUUUUAUUAUUAUCUAGAAAAAUAUGAUCUCUUGCAAAUAUAAUUUGAUAAAAUUAUUUUUAACGCUUGAUAAGAAGACUUUAAGUCAAUUUGUUUACCUCGAAAUAAAUUAUCAAAAAAAAAUGUAUCGAAUUGAUACAACACACGUUGUUCCAGUAAUCAUAUUGCCAUAAAAAUAAUACUAUUGUCGAUUAUUCUGUUUAGCUUCUGGAAAAGUAAGACAUUUUGAUUUGCAUUUUUUUUUUUACCGAGCCACAGAAAUAUUUGUGCUAGUCCGCGCAAUUAUACAGAAAAUUUAACUGUGAUUAUAAUGAUUUUGUGUCGCUUCCAUGAGCCACGGGCGACGAAAGCUGGUCACGAAGUCGUACGGUUUCCCUUUCGGUUUAUUCGCUGAUAUAAUAAUAGCGUAUUGUUCCUUGCUACUGCUCUCGGUUUGUCAGCGUAUAACGGGAUACAAAAUUUCACGAUACCGCAAUCGACGGACGGAAAUUGGACUCAGUUUGCGUCAUCAUAUGUACUUGGGAUCUUUGUUGAUAGUAUAGUGUACAUAUAUUAAAAUAGCAAUUCUUCGAUUGUGCGCGUGAAAAAAGACGAUUCGCGCACGAGAAACGCGAGAAUGAAAAUUUUCAAACCGUCCCUAAUUGUGCGACGCUUGAUAUUUUAAUUAUUGUCGAACCGUAUCCGUUUCUCUAGUAUUCGUUUUCCUUGUAAAUAGUUCUUUGCGCGAAGUGUAAAUUCAUAUUUAGAAUUCCGUGUGCGUCGAGGGGAACGCGCUGUGGACCGGUGACCGGAGCUGCUCCGUUAAUAUAAUUCAGGGAUUAAAACAACUUCGGCGAGUUCAAUUUUUAAUAAUCGAGUGACACGGAGCAGUGACUCCCAUGCGAUUGUCGCAUUUUCAUCGUCGUGGAUACAAGCGCGGAGAAACGAUUUCCGUGCGAUCUACAGAAAAUUUGAACUCGCUGAAAUUGCUCGCUCGUAUUUAAUACCUGAUGUAACCGGGAUUCGCAGUGGUUGUAAAAAAUUGGACACACGUGUAUAACAUAUAUACAUAGACACGCAGCAAGCAGCUCACAUACAUACACACACAUGCACGUACACACGAGACACAGGCAGGUUCCUACGAUAUAUUCCACCUGUUGUGAUAAGUAUCUAAACAAAUAAUUUUAUUAAACAGAACGGUAGAACUACGAAAUACCGCCUCUCUCACAUUGUAUAUCACCUAUCUAUAGACGUCAAUUAAGGAGAAGGUUCGCCGUGCCGUGUUUUAUACGGACAUUUGUGAUCCAGGAUCUUGAAUUAUUGUAUAGCCGAUCGUUUCGUAAUCGCAAAAAUAAUGACCGUUGAACCAUACCAUACACGUCGUCCGAAUUUCUUCUACUCAAGAUCUGUACCGAACUGGUGAGCGUUGAUCUCGCCAGCAAGGUAAUGGACGAACGUUACUAGAUUCGAUGACAUUUGACGGGAUCGACGAACGGUUGAAUAAAAAUACGAAUACCUACGUUUAAAUUGCGCUUUUUUUCUACCGUGGCGCCCAUAAAGAGAUAGCAACGAAACAAUGGAACGCGCACCGGCAGCGUUCACAUAAAAAUCCCGCGAGGUCCGCGCGGGAUUAAAAUUAAUUGUUGCGUGGCUUCACAAGAGGCCCUCGUAACUAAACAAAUUGACACAGAGAUAAAACGUAGCGUUCGCCGCUUUCGAAAUCAAAAAUCAACGGGUGAUUCUUUGAUGGAAUCGCUAUUCGAACGGAUCGAGAAGCACGUCAGUUAAUAAAAUCUAGUGAUUCACAUUUACUUUGCCGUCUGCACUCGUAGAGAUGAGAACGAGAAGAAAGAAAAAUUUAUGAGACGGAAGUGAUCACCGAGUAUAAAAGCGACUUCAAGUAUAAAAGAAAUUCUAUUAUAUUUUACAAAUUUCUAAAUUCCUUACGUAUAAAUAUCAAAAAAUAUGAUAUAACAUAAUAAAUUCUCUCAAAAUUGCAAGUUAAAAAUAUCUAAAAUUUCUCUAUGAAAUCCUAGAAUUUAAAAACGAAGAAAUACGUUCAUUAUAUCUAAAUAUUUUCCACAGAAAACCAAUCGUUUCACAGCUAAUUUGCGGAAAGCUUUUUCUUGAAGCAAUAAAUCAGUGAAUUGUGAGUAACAUCAACGAGAAGGUACUUGAGGAAAAAACUGAAAUCAAUUAAUGCAUGAAUCAUUUCCUACGAGUCCGAUAAAUCGCUCUUCAAAAGUUUUAGAUUCAUCAGUUGGAAAUAGAACGAUCAAAAAUAAAACGAUCAGCAAAACUUCGACACACAGAGAAAAAGGUAUAUACAGAUAGAUACUCUUAGAUAUUCGUUACGAUGCACAUAUCUCGCGUGUACCGUACGAUUAUUUUCUUUUAACAAAAUUUUUUUGCAUAUCGAUAAAUGUUCCUAGAGAUCUCUAUAUCCAUAUAUAGAGAUCAGAAUAUUCAAACAAUACAGGAGUGUUUAUUGGACGUCUGUGGUUAUAGCGUGUCCUAUCGCUACGCAAUCAAAAAUGCAUACAAUUAUUCGCGUACGUGUGUGUAGCUUUUCACUCGCCAUUCACUCACGCACGUUCGUCAAGUGCGUAACGCAGGCGGCACGCGUACGCGUAUUUACACGCAUCGCUCCUCGCGUCCUCCGCCACGAAACUGGCAACGCGACCACGAAGGAAGACCAAUGUGACAAUGCACCUGCACCGCCCACAUUCCGCAUCCGCUGCACAUACAGCCGCCAACACAGCGUGUUCUGAAUAACGUAAGUAUGUGCACUUAAAUCAACGCUCUCGCAUCAUCGCAUCUUCAUCUCUUUUUUUCAUUUCUGAUUUUUCUGAAUCUGCCUUUUAAUCUGUGAAUUCUCUCUCUCUCUCUCUCUCUCUCUCUCUCUCUCUCUCUCUCUCUUACGCGUGCGCGUGCACACACACACACACACUUUUUAAUCUGUUUAUUGUCACUUCUAUUCAAUAUUUGUGCUCUGCUUUAUCAUCUCCCGCGAUAUAAUGAUUAUUGCUAUAAAAAUGAUAUUCCUGACUACACUUAUUUUACUAUGCAAUUAUAGUCGCAAAUAUCACAUAUUUUUUUCUCAGUGUAGACAUCUCAUCUUACGAUACCCGCAAUGUGGUGACUCUUCAUAGGUCGAACGAAAUCAUCGAUGUCGAGAUAUUGUUUACCAUCUCUAUCCUUUCCUCCGUUGUUUUGCGAGCACUCUGUAUGAUCGAGCUCGCGUUGUACAAUUAUCCGUACUAGAGAUGGAUAUGCAAGAGAUACUAGGAGAUAUCUCUUGGAUAUUGAAUGACUGAAUAUAUUGCGGGACAUUUUGAUAUCCAAUAGAUAUCCGAGAUGUGAUCACUGGCUGCCUGUGUUGCAUCCGUAAGAAUGAAUGUGUGCAGGUGCAUAUAGAAAAUAAUAAAUUCUAAUAAAAUAAAAUAUAAAGAUUUACUAAAUGUUUAUCAAUUUUCUCUUUGCAACUUAUAUAAGAAUCUUACUUUGCGACAUUAAAUUACAUUUUUAGGCGUGCAUAAAAAAACUAUUACUAUUUUUACAAGCUAUUGCUUUUAUAUUAAAAAAUUUAUGUUUAUACAAGAAUUUACGAUAAUACUGAGAACUAAAACUGAUAUUAAGUCAUUCAAGCAACGAGAUUUUCAAAGUUUGUAAUAUCGUACAAGCCCGAUCCAUUUCCAAGAUUGCGUCGCACCUAAUGGCUUCGCAAAGUCGACUAUACACAAAAGUAUAUUUCGACAGAUAUAUCGCAGAUAUACAUAUUGAAAACCAUCCGCAAACAUUUUCACAAGACUUUUGUUGUUCAUAAACAGAGAGCGAAAAACUAUGUAUGUAUCGCGUUGUGAAAAAAAAGAAGGGAAAAAGAAAAAGCGGCCGUCUCGUUACGGAAAAAUAUCGAAAUUGCAUGCAAAGAGAGAGCGAAAGAGAGAGAGAGAGAGAGAGAGAGAGAGAGAGAGAGAGAGAGAGAGAGAGAGAGAGAGAGGAUACGUAUAACAUUCAAAUAGAUCGAUUAUUAUCUAAUGUUCCAAACUGUUAAAUACCGAUUACGAGAUUAAUAAGAAAGCUUUUACCUCCAACAUUAUCGUCCAUUAAUAUCGAUAAAUAGUGCAGAUAAUUUUCCUGAAUAAAUUAAAUAAGUCUAAAUUUUAAAUUGUAACAUGUCGUUUUAAUUAAUAAUUUUCGCAUAAACGUAACAGGAUUAAUACACAUUUAAAGAUAGUAACAUUAUACUAAAUUCAUUAUUACUAUAAUUAUUAAUCCAUUUGUGGAAAGCAGAAGAAACUAAAGACGAAUGUUUAACAAUCGAUACGUUACAUAUUAAUCAAGCGAGAUAGAGACAAAAAAUUCAACACAAAAUGCUAUUGAUUGGGAAAAUGCUUACGCUAAUAAUAUUACCGCUUAUUUAAAAAUGAUUUUAUCGUAUAACAUGAAGUAUACGUGAGGAAUGCUCCGGUUUCGUAAUUUGUCUAAAGCUUAUUAUCUAAAGCUGCAUUUUGAUGCGUGACGUGUGUGUACCGAUUAGCUUGCCCCUCGUCAUAUUACCCUUCUCCCUCCCCUUUGAAGAGAGAUUUUCCGGUUUUUAAAAGCAUAUAUCGAAAUCGUGUUUGCCGAGGAUCGAAAGUUCACCGGCUCAUUGUCGCCGACAAUCCGGAGUCGAGUUGCAGUCCUCUCGCGUCACCACGCCCCCCUUUUCCUACCGUAUCGUGUCCCAGAGUAAUUUAACACGUAAGGGGAUGACAACGGACUCGAAACCCGCGUCCUUUUAAGGGCCCGUAAGUGAUGAUCGUGUUACAGCACUGAAUUCACAAAAUUUGCCGGGAACGAUGAGUUUUUCCCGUAUUUUUAUAUCAAUUAUAGUACUUAAUAGCACUAUCGAAAACUCGUAACUAUUGCGUAUACUGUAAUAAUAAAUUAGCUUGUAAAUUGCAAAAUAAUUAUCGUUACGGAUUAAUUAAAUAGAAUAUAUGAAGGCCUAUUAUUUUUGCAAUUAACAUUAAAAUAAAUCGGUUCUUAAGUAUUGUCUUCAGAUAAAAAUUUCAGAUUAAACCAAUAAAAUAAUAAAACUUAAAUUUAUUCUUACAAUAUGUUUCAAGGAAACUUUCAAAAAAUUCUCGUCAAUCUCGAAUAUUGUGUUAAACAUGUAAAGAAAAACACGUUACAUAUACAUUAUCUUCUUAUUUCCUUCUGAUAUUCUGCAGUAUUUAUCUUUGAAAGUUAUUAAAUCGGUGGUAGUUAAUUACAUGCCUCUCUUUAAAUCACCGAUAUUACAGGAACAACUUGUGGUACUGCGUCAUGCUCGAGAUGUCAUUCAUUUUCAUGCGUGACCUAAAUUACCCUGAUGAGAUGCGAAUUGAUAAGGAAUUAAUUGCCGCGAAAGGUCGUUUAAUUUGCUCGCAAACACGUCGAUCGUCUAAUCGAGUUAAUUACCGAGCGCGGAACUAACAUAGCGACUUUGCGACAGCUGUAACAACACAAAAUAGCGUAGAUGACUGUCGCGCAGAUGACGUCUCUCUUUCUUUCAGAGGGUGAACGCACGGUCGAUUUAUCGUGGCCCAUUAUCGCCGUCACGAUCGUUCCGUGACCGUUAUUACCCGCCCGUAAAGAAGACUCGUGGCCGGAUAAUUACUCUAAUGGAAUAAUUUUUUGGAAAAAUCUAUCGUCGAUGCCGCAGACGCGCACGACACGGCAACAACAAAGGCCACACCUCCAAGAAACGGCGAUCCGAGAAUCGUUAACCGCACGUAAAUUCUAUAAAAGGAAAGAUUAAACGUAAAAAUAAACGAAUACAUAUAUCGAGCUCGAUUAUCAUCGCGUUACUAAUCGUCAGAGAACGAACACAAAUUACAAAAAAUAUGUAAGCCUCUCGAUCAAAAAAUAUUUAAGCAAAUGUAUUUUAAAACCUAUAAUUUUAUUCAACACAAAAUAAAAAAUUCUUUUGUAUAUGAUAAACUUUUCCUUAAAUAACUUUUACAUAGUACGUGAAACACAAGAAAAUCUAUUCUAGUGAUAUUUCAUAAUUUUUUUUUUAUUCUUUUAAAAUGAUAAUUGUUAAUAUAUCACUUUUGAUGUUACCGCAGAUCUCGAGAUUUACCAUAAUAAAUUUUUGCUGGCGACAAUUUUACAUAUUUACGGUAACAGAAAACAAAAACCAAUGUCAGAAUACGUUUUAUAGCCCAUUGGGACUCCAAGGGUUUAGAUUAAUAUUUAUGACGUUCCGUAAAAUGUAUCCAUGUUGGAAAGAAAACUUUUGUCCCGUGUAUCCCUAAUCGUCCUCGCAAUCUUACGUUUUACUUUUUCACACCAAUUCUUUACGUCAAAAUGUAACAUAUUUUCAAAGAUGUAAGAAAAAGCAUUAUUCUUUAAAUAAUCAGAUUAUGCUCUAAAUGCCUAACAUGCAAAUGUUCAUUAUUACGAAUAAAAUCGGACUAUCUCUAAAAGUGUGAUUAUUCGAAUUGCCACACGUCAACGUAUUACAAUUCGCGAUGUUCCACUCUUUAACAUCGAGUUGAACGCAUGCGGUUCUCAGCAUUCGCAUUCGCCCAAAACAGUUCUCGAAAUCGACGAUAAAACUCGUCUCGGGGUAGAGAAUACGAGGCCUGACACGGCGACAAAGAGGGCGAAAGAAAGGGAGGAAGGGAACAGGAUGGAGAAAGAGCGAAAGCGAACAAGAAGAGAGAAAGAAAGAGAAAGAGAAAGAAGGAGAAGGAGAGAGAGUCAAUGGGUAUAAGCACUAAGCACGUAACUAUAAAAGGAGCCGGGGGUUGCGAAUCGUCGCUAGAUUAAAAAGAGGCUCCCUUUUUCGCUUGCUCUUUUAUGCCGAUGCGCGCCGCGCCCCACACGCAUCGCGUACGGCCUCCUCCUCCUCCUCCUCUUUCACCUCCUUCUCUUCGUCCUCGUCUGUAACGUUAACGUUACACGCACUUGCAUGUGAGCAUCACAUGCACAUUCGCACAUUCACGCGCAUCCGAUAUCUCGCGACCGUCCGUCCGCUGGAAAAGCAAUUCGAUCUGCCGGUGCGAUGGGGUACAGCCACCCUCUUUUCUCUCUCUCUCUCUCUCUCUCUCUCUCUCUCUCUCUCUCUCUCUCUCUCUCUCGCUUCUUUUUAUCUCUCCAGACCUGCUCAAGCGUCGGAUUUCCUGAUGCUGAAUUCGACUUCGCGAUGUAUGCCCACUCUCGCGUUUAUCGGAAAUGCGAAUUGCGGCGAGCGCGAGCGUGACGUUUGUCGAGAAUAUCAGCAACUACCUUAAAUACGACUUGAUUAAAUCGUAUAAUACAGUUGGAAAAUAUUCCCAGUAAAAAUAUUACUCCACUUGAUAUCAAUUAAAAAUUUAUCUAUCUAUUUAAAGCGCUUUUAAGUAGUAAAAUGUCUUUCAAAUAAAUCUCUGUAAUAAAUAGUUUCUCUCAAA